AUGCCAGGAAUAUUAGAAAAAACAAACAAAGUUAUUGACUAUCAAAUGUAUUUUCAGUCAAAUGCCAGUACGCCUCUUUGGAAACUUAAAGGACCUGGUAGACUUGGAGGACCUGCUAGAAUAGGUUUCGUGUAUUUAUACUUUGGAAGUCUUGCUUUAGGUUUAACAGGUUCAAUUUACGGUGUUUCUAACAUGGCAAGGGGAAAGAAGAAUUAA